CCUCGCUUGACUUUCCGCCCUUGACGCUGUCCUUAAAAGGCACGAAAGGGCGUCCCAUCCGGCCUUGGGACCCCGUUACCAUUCGCGGGUCUGCGGCGCUCGCUUGGCGGGCUCACCACCUGCGCGCUUCCGCGGGGCGGAACCUUAGUGUUUCCGACCUCGGGAUCCGGUGGUGCCUUGUUUUCUGUAGAACUACGGAAGCGAGGAAGGACGAGUCCCUGGCAAGUCCCUGCAGAAGCCCAGGCGAUGCCUCUUGCCAUAGACCGGUUACGAGCGCUGAAGAAGAACAAGACGUUUAAAUAUGGACUCCCGAUGCUGGUGCUUGCAGUUGCUGGGUCUCUGGCGAUUCGUGAGCUCACCCAGGUUCGAAUAGAUGUUAAAAAGUAUCACACUCAGGUUGAUCCAGCUUUGCAAGAAGAACAUAAAAAGAAGAUAAUGUCUUUAGAAGAAGAAUAUGAGAAAAUAAAAGACAGUGCCUUUGAAGAUUGGAAGAACAUCAGAGGGCCUCGUCCAUGGGAAGAUUCAAAGUCUACCCAAGAUCUGCAGCGCCAACAACAAUAGGAGUAAUCUUUUGGCUGAAAGCUUGGAUUCAUUCACUUGUAGUGAUUUUGCACUCUUCCCUCCCUCCUCCAGGAGGAUUGUUGUUUUAACUGAUAUUGCAGCUAAACACAAGUCUUGUAAAUAAAGAACUUGAUCUGUGGUUCUCAGUGAUAAUCAAUAUACUACACACAUUUGUGUAACAAUCUGCCCCUUUCAACUGAAGACAGUAGAGCUUCUUCAGCUAAGUAAGGUGCCAGUCUUCACACUGAAGUGUUGAUUACAGAGAAGAAAAUCAGUCCACAUUCUCAACUUAUUAGGACAUGUUUUGAGGACCAGCCUUAAGUCAAAUGAUGACUCUAGCA